GCGGGCGGGCCGGCCAAGCCCCUCCCCGGCGGCGCCACCGCCCCUCGCCGCCCCUCGCGGACGUGCAGUCGUUCGGCGGGACAUGGAAGCGGGCGGCGGGGCCGGGGCUCGGAGCCGCGCGCGGCUUCUGCUGCUGCUGGCGGCGGCGGCGGCGGCGCUGGGAGGCGAAGCGGGGGCGGAGAAGCCGCGCCCGGCGCGGCAGCGCGGGGACGAGCAGUGCCAUUACUACGCGGGAGGGCAGGUGUACCCCGGGGAGGCGGCCCGGCUGCCCGUGUCCGACCACUCGCUGCACCUCAGCCAGGCCAAGAUCUCCAAGCCAGCACCGUACUGGGAGGGAACAGCAGUCAUCAAUGGAGAGUUUAAAGAGCUGAAAUUAACAGAUUAUGAAGGAAAAUACCUUGUCUUCUUCUUCUAUCCUCUUGACUUUACGUUUGUCUGUCCAACUGAGAUAAUCGCCUUCAGCGACAGAAUUGAAGAAUUCAGAGCAAUAAAUACCGAAGUAGUAGCAUGUUCUGUGGACUCAAAGUUCACUCACUUAGCAUGGAUUAAUACUCCUCGAAAACAAGGAGGACUUGGACCGAUGAAGAUUCCCCUUCUUUCAGAUUUGACACAUCAGAUUUCAAAGGAUUACGGAGUGUAUCUGGAAGAUCAAGGACAUACACUUAGAGGCCUUUUCAUUAUUGACAAUAAGAGAAUCCUUCGACAGAUCACAAUGAAUGACCUUCCUGUUGGAAGAUCUGUGGAUGAAACACUUCGUUUGGUACAAGCAUUCCAGUACACAGACAAACAUGGAGAAGUUUGCCCUGCUGGUUGGAAACCUGGCAGUGAAACAAUUAAACCAGAGGAAGCCAUGAGAGUGUGGUGGCCAAGGGAAGACCUAUAAUUCCAGAUCCAGCUGGAAAACUGAAGUAUUUUGAUAAACUAAACUGAGGCUUGCUUCUGUUGAAACUACAUAGGUCACAUUCAACUUGAUUUUUGCCAAUAAAAUUUCAUUAAUUUUGGUA